GCUGCUUCCCGGGUGAGUCGAGGUUACAUUCUGGAUAGUCGACGAGCACUAGCCAAGAUGCUGUUCCGGUUAUUGUCGGAUGUCCGGUGGCGGAGCGCGAGUCGGGGCUGGCGAAACAGGUCCCAGUCGAGAUUCAAAGCCUCGGCCGCGGCAGAUUCCCAACCCAUCUCGCUGCCGGCACAGGCCCAAGUGGUAAUCUGUGGCGGUGGAAUCAUGGGCACGUCAGUGGCCUAUCACCUCUCCAAGCUGGGAUGGAAGGAUAUUGUCCUCCUGGAGCAGGGCAGGCUGGCUGCUGGCUCCACUCGGUUCUGUGCUGGCAUCGUGAGCACAGUCAGGCACUUGUCCGUAGAGCUCAAGAUGGCAGACUACUCGAACAAACUCUAUCAGCAAUUAGAACAGGAGACAGGGAUUCAAACAGGUUAUGUGAGGACAGGCUCAAUCUCUCUGGCUCAGACUCAAGAUCGCUUGAUCUCCCUGAAACGUAUCAACUCGAGGCUGAAAGUAAUGGGCAUCCCUUCGGAGAUUAUCUCCCCAAAGCAAGUGGCAGAGCUUCACCCACUCAUCAACAUCCAUGAUCUGGUGGGAGCCAUGCACGUCCCUGAGGAUGCAGUGAUAUCAUCUGCUGACGUGGCUCUUGCGUUAGCUAGUGGCGCCUCUCAAAAUGGCGUGCAGAUCCUCGACCGAACAAGCGUCAUUCACGUCUUGGUCAAAGAGGGUCGCGUGACUGGCGUGGAGACCGACAGAGGACAGAUCGAAUGCCAGUAUUUCGUCAAUUGUGCGGGCCAGUGGGCUUACGAGCUUGGUCUGUCCAACGAGCAUCCGGUUAAUAUUCCAUUACAUGCCUGUGAACACUUCUAUCUUCUCACUCACCCCUUGAAGACCCCUCUGCAGAGCAUCACACCAACCAUCGUGGAUCCAGAUGGAAGAAUCUACAUUCGAAGCUGGAAAGGGGGUAUCUUGUCUGGAGGUUUUGAGAAGAAUCCCAAACCUAUCUUUACUGAGGGCAAGAACCAGCUGGAGAUUCACAAUCUACAUGAAGACUGGGAUCAUUUUGAGCCCCUGCUGAGUUCCCUUCUACGCAGGAUGCCAGAACUGGAGGCUCUAGAGAUCGUGCAGUUGAUCAACUGCCCCGAGUCCUUCACACCAGACAUGAGGUGCAUCAUGGGGGAGUCUCCAGCUGUACAAGGCUACUUUGUCCUGGCCGGAAUGAACUCUGCCGGCAUCUCAUUUGGCGGGGGCGCAGGGAAGUACCUAGCUGAGUGGAUGGUGCACGGUUACCCUUCGGAGAACGUGUGGCCGCUGGACCUGAAACGCUUCGGAGCUCUCCAGAGCAGCCGCACCUUCCUCCGCCACCGGGUCAUGGAAGUGAUGCCCCUGAUGUACGAUCUGAAGGUUCCCCGGUGGGACUUCCAAACUGGCAGGCAGCUUCGCACUUCCCCCCUCUAUGAUCGUUUGGAUGCCCAGGGGGCCCGAUGGAUGGAGAAACAUGGAUUUGAGAGGCCCAAGUACUUUGUCCCACCAGAGAAAGAUCUGUUGGCACUGGAUCAGAGCAAGACUUUUUAUAAACCAGAUUGGUUUGACAUAGUGGGGUCUGAAGUCAAGUGCUGUAAAGAGGCUGUGUGUGUCAUAGACAUGUCCUCUUUCACCAAGUUUGAAAUAAGUUCCACAGGGGAUCAAGCAUUAGAAGUUCUGCAGUAUCUCUUAUCUAAUGAUCUUGAUGUGCCGGUGGGGCACAUUGUGCAUACGGGCAUGCUUAAUGAAAACGGAGGGUAUGAGAAUGAUUGCAGUGUGGCACGACUCAACAAGCGUAGCUUCUUCAUGAUUUCUCCUACUGACCAGCAGGUCCAUUGCUGGUCUUGGCUCAAGAAGCACAUGCCCAAUGAUGGCAAUCUACUCUUAGAGGACGUCACCUGGAAGUACACAGCUCUCAAUCUGAUUGGCCCUCGUGCUGUGGAUGUCCUCUCAGAGUUAUCCUAUGCCCCUAUGACAGCAGAGCACUUCCCAUCUCUCUUUUGCAAGGAGAUGAGUGUGGGAUAUGCGAAUGGGAUCCGGGUGAUGAGCAUGACGCACACAGGAGAACCUGGAUUCAUGCUUUACAUUCCCAUAGAGUAUGCCCUGCACGUCUACAAUGAAGUGAUGAGUGUCGGACAGAAAUACGGAAUCCGAAACUCUGGAUAUUAUGCCCUCCGCAGUCUCCGCAUUGAAAAGUUUUUUGCCUUCUGGGGCCAAGACUUGGACACCUUCACCACCCCCCUGGAAUGUGGACGAGAGUUUCGGGUGAAGUUAGAAAAGGGAACUGAUUUUAUCGGUCGAGAGGCGCUGCUGCAGCAGAAGCAGAGUGGCGUGUUCAAGCGCUUUACUAUGUUCAUCCUGGAGGACCACGAUACGGACCUGGACCUCUGGCCCUGGUGGGGCGAGCCUAUCUAUCGUAACGGCCAGUACGUCGGCAAGACCACCAGCAGUGCCUACAGUUACUCCCUGGAGCGCCACGUCUGUUUAGGCUUCGUGCAGAACUACGACGAGGAAACCGGGGAGGAGCUGGUGGUGACCCCUGACUUCAUCAACCGCGGCGAGUAUGAGAUUGACAUCGCUGGACAGCGCUUCCAGGCCAAAGCCAAGCUCUAUCCCUUCAGCUCCCUCUUCACCCUCAGGCGCCGGAAGGAUGAAAUGGAACUGAGUGGCUUCCAGGGGAAGUGAUGCCCCUGGAGAACCUGGUUUCCCUCUUCCCAGACUGGAAUUUUGCAUCGGGUCACCUCGACAGCCCCCCUCUCCUUCUCUUGCUUUAUUCUCUCCUUUCUUGCCCUAUUCGGCUCUCCUCUCCUCGUUUCUUCUUUCUCUGAGGGGAUUUUCGUUUCAGGACUUGAGGAUGUUUUAAGCUCUAUGUGUUUUAAAACUCUUGCUUUUGAAACUUUCCUGUGUGUUCUCUCUCUCUCUCUCCCCCUCUCUCUGUCUCUCUCUUUCUCCCCAGUCUUUGCCCCUCCUGAUCCCUCUAGCUGAUUGUACAUUCUGUGGGCUGAUCGAAAGCAAGCUUUAGUAGUAGAAAGUCGAUUGUACAUCCAUAGCUGCUCUUGGAGGGGUGAUGGCUGGUCUGUAGGACUUCUCUCCAUCCCUGCUGCACAGCCUCUAGUUCAGAUGUUGUUUUCCUCUGGCUACUCUCCCUCCCCCCACCCUUGAACAGCCCACCUGUUCUUUUCGGGGGAGUAGUCAAACCUCAGAUGCCCCCAGCGAAGACAGCUGGGUAGGGGGCACCUUUAACAGGCAGUUCAGAAGCAGAUAGUCUAAUUCACACUCGUCUCUUUUACCGAGGAUCUGGAGCACUGACCCACCCAGCAAUAGAAUGAUUUGCUACCUCACUGGCACGUGAAGGGGGCAAGGACACUGCCGAAAGAGCGUGAGGGAGGCCGGCAGAUUCCAUCCUAGUAUCACUGGGUCCCCGGUAAAGAGCCUGACAUCAGCGAACACAAAAUACUCUGCUGGGAACCUUCCACUUCCAGGGUAGAUCAGAGAAAAUGCAUGGUUUGCUUUCAGUAAGCCAAGAUCAGAGAGUGCCACGCUGCCCAAAAGGAAAAUUCAACUUCUCUUCUUAUGCUUCUUCAAAUUGAAAUGGUCUGAUCCCAAGAGAACAGUAGCACUACAGUUGUUGGGUUUUGUCUCCUGUACACUUAGUAUAGUGCAUUGCUUUUAAUGGGUGCUCAGUAAAUAUCAUUAUUACACUAGAUCUACGUUGCUGAAAGCUGAAAUGCCUUCCUCAUUUCCUCCUCUUCCCUCCAUCCUUUCCCCAGUAGGCUUUCCAUUCUGUUCUCUAGUUUAGCUCUCUGCAGCAGCUGAGAGCCCGAUGCAAGUUUUCAAUGCUGUGGAAAAAGUGAGGCUUUGGGGGCAUUACCUUUUUCAGGGGUGGCUUAGCCACCCAGAAGCUUCACCUUGCAGGCCAUCGGGUUGAAGGAGGGAUGGCUGUUUGUGGUCCUCAAACCCGGAGUAAAUCCAGUAGGGAGGGUGGAGCCCUCGUAGAAUGCUCUGGUUCAAAGGAUGGCUUUUUUUGUUGCAGACAGAGUUGGUAAAUGGUGUGAUUCCCCCCUCUCUUCCUUUAGAUCAUCCUUUCCCCAUCCUCUGUUGCCCCUUCAUCUUCCAUCUUCUCCCCUUCCAUUCCCCCCUGCAGUCUCUCUAUUGGAAAGUGAAUUUAUCAGUGGUAUUUGCUGAGCACUUAGCGUGUGCAGAGCACUGUACUAAGUGCUUGGGAGAGUACAGUAGUUGAGGGUGUGACAGAACAAUCUCCUCAGCAGAUCAUUUGUGUAUGACCUACUGGUGAAAGUGCAGGCCCCAAAAUUAGAUUUUUCUGAACAAUUUGGUUUAAACAGCCCUGGUCAAAUGAGAGCCAGUUAGUCAAAUCCAGGGAUUAAGGAGCCAGAUCAAAUGACUGACAAAUUUGGUCUAGGUUCGCUGUUUUGUUUUCCUUUAAGCAGUAGAUCCAGAAGGUGUCUUGGUAAGCACGUUUAAAGAAAUCUGAAUUCCAUCAGCCCAUCUCAGAACAUCCUCCGUUCUCUGCCUCAGGGUUACCUUUCCUUCUUCUUUUCCCAGCUAGCAUCUUUCUGUCAUUUGGAAUGGCACCUGCCCUCCAGUGUGGGCCGCCGCUUUGGGCUUGUCCCUCAUCUUCCUUGGCCUUCCUGUCAGUUUAUAAGGAAGAUGAAAAAUCGUACUGAAUUGGAAAGCAGAAUUUUACCAUAGCAGACUUUUGUGGGUAUUUUUCCUCUGCUCUGGGUCGUGCCU